GCGGCUGUUUAAAGAAUUGGGUUUGGGUUUUGUGGCGUCUAAUUGUAUGGCCCAGAAGUGCAGGAAGCAGCAAAGCUCUAGCCCUGGGAGACAACCCUGACGGAGGUAGAUGGCACCCUAGCCCCUAGGGGCAUUCUGGCGCUUAGGCCCCGCGACACGUCCCAGGAGUCUUUUCUCCCACGUCUGUUCCAAUUCCUCCGGAGAAGGGGACAUAAUGGGGCUAGGGAUCUGAAGCAGGAGGCCUGCACCCUACAGGGACCAAGGCCGCUAAACUCGUUUUGAGUCGAGAGCUCCAAAAGACAGACGUAGACUCUGUGGCCUGCAUCUUGCCUAGGAAGCCGAGCAGCUCCUAGUACAGCAGUUGAAACAGCACGAAGCCGGAGGACUGAGGGUCCUGCCCCAGCCCAGAGUUCCCAGCACCCUCGUUUCUGAACCAACUGAAGCCACCGAGAACUGCUGUACUGCAGCUCACGUGUGAGCGGGGUUCCCAUCGCCUUCACCCCGGGAGGAAGGCAGAUUCGUUUACCCCAGACCACCUUGACUGUGGGGUCCCGCCCCGCGGAGCCAGCUGGAGCCGAGGCUGGCGCAGCCCCGCCCUCCCGCCGGGCUCAGAUUUCGACCUGGGAUUAGGUGAACUGAUUGGGGGUUAAUGAGAGCGGCACCCUGGGCAGCUAGUUCCCUCCCAGGCUCGGGCCGACCCUCGUGCUCUGGCGUCGUGUCUUUCUUGUCUGCCAAAUUAUCAAGUGCACCACCGAUUCGGGACACCUAGCAUUUCCCAGUCAAUGUUCGCGGAUCGGGCUUCACUUCCCUAGGACGAGAUUUUUUGGUGAGAAGAACGGAAAGUGCUUUUUCCCGGGACCUGAUUCCCGAGGUUAGAUCUCCAUAGUCUGGGAUGGCUCGCCGCAACCUCAGCUGGUACCUGCAGCACCCGGGAGUCCGGGGCCAAAGUUUCUCCUACGUGGGGCACAAGUGAGGGGCAACUGGGAUCAUCCGGAUGCGAGUUUCUCCUGAGGUGGGGAUUGGUCGUCUGUUACUCCCCUUACUUUCCUGUCCCUUUGCUGGCCUCUGCUGCCCCCAGUCCCUUUGCUGCUGUCCCAACACCGCCACCCCUCAGUUUUGUGUUCCGUCCCUGCCCCUCCCCCCCCCCCCCCCCGCCGCGUUUCACUCCAGUUUGUAGCUGGCUCUUGGAGGUCUUGGCUCCUUGCCCCUUCCGGGUCCUCGACCACUGGGCAUCCCCGAUCCCUAAACCGAUUUCUCGUUUUCCCGCCCUCCCUCGCCAGCCAGAAAGCACAGCCAGGCAGGCAACGAGUAGCUGAGUUGGGGUAACCCAUCCGAUGGGAACUACGGCUCUCCAGAGAGUUUGAUUGCCGGAGCGAGCUUGGCUAGGAAAGGGGAGGAGCUGGGGGGCGUGAGUAGGGAGGAGGAAAGGGGCCCGAGUCAGGGCCCCGGGACAGGUUUUACCGCUGAGCUCUGUCAGCGGCAGCGGCGGCAACGACGGCGGGUUCGCGCCACCUGUCCGAGUGCCACCUGGUCUCCGCCGGGCUGUGGCUGAGCAAGCCUUCGGAGUGACCGUGGGUGACAGCGGCUCCAGGGACCCUUGGGGCGGAGUGGGGAAAGCCCCAGACCACCAUGCCGCGCUCAUUCCUCGUCAAGAGCAAGAAGGCGCACAGCUACCACCAGCCGCGCUCCCCAGGACCAGACUAUUCCCUCCAUUUAGAAAAUGUACCAGCACCCAGCCAAGCAGACAGCACUUCAAAUGCAGGUGGGGCGAAGGCGGAGCCCGGGGACCGUUUGUCCCCUGAAUCGCAGCUGACCGAAGCCCCAGACAGAGCCUCCGCAUCCCCAGACAGCUGCGAGGGCAGCGUCUGUGAACGGAGCUCGGAGUUUGAGGACUUCUGGAGGCCCCCGUCACCCUCCGCGUCUCCAGCCUCAGAGAAGUCGAUGUGCCCGUCGAUGGACGAAGCCCAGCCCUUCCCCCUGCCUUUCAAACCAUAUUCAUGGAGUGGCCUGGCGGGUUCUGACCUGCGGCACCUGGUGCAGAGCUACCGACCUUGCGGGGCCCUGGAACGCGGCGCCGGCCUUGGCCUCUUCUGUGAAUCAGCACCGGAGCCGGGCCACCCAGCCACACUGUACGGCCCAAAGCGGGCGGCGGGCGGAGUGGGGGCCGGGACUCCAGGGAGCUGCAGCGCAGGGGCAGGUGCCGCCGCUGGCCCUGGCCUAGGGCUCUACAGCGACUUCGGGUCUGCGGCGGCCGGGUUGUAUGAGCGGCCCACCGUAGCGGCGGGCUUGCUGUACCCUGAGCGUGGCCAUGGGCUGCACGCGGACAAAGGCGCUGGCGUCAAGGUGGAGUCCGAGCUGCUAUGUACCCGGCUGCUGCUGGGCGGUGGCUCCUACAAGUGCAUCAAGUGCAGCAAGGUGUUCUCCACGCCUCAUGGGCUCGAGGUGCACGUGCGCAGGUCCCACAGCGGUACGAGACCCUUUGCCUGCGAGAUGUGCGGCAAGACCUUUGGGCACGCGGUGAGCCUGGAGCAGCACAAAGCCGUGCACUCGCAGGAACGGAGCUUUGACUGUAAGAUCUGUGGCAAAAGCUUCAAGAGGUCAUCCACACUGUCCACACAUCUGCUCAUCCACUCAGACACCCGGCCCUACCCCUGUCAGUACUGUGGCAAGAGGUUCCACCAGAAGUCAGACAUGAAGAAACACACCUUCAUCCACACUGGUGAGAAGCCCCACAAGUGCCAGGUGUGCGGCAAGGCAUUCAGCCAGAGCUCCAACCUCAUCACCCACAGCCGCAAACACACGGGCUUCAAGCCCUUUGGCUGCGACCUUUGUGGGAAGGGUUUCCAGAGGAAGGUGGACCUCCGGAGGCACCGGGAGACGCAGCACGGGCUCAAAUGAGCACACUGGCUGGCUGCAAGCAGCAGCUACACAACACUACAGAGGGCAGCCUCCCUGCUUGCCAUCACUCCCUUCUGACUUUGCAGGCCCCAGGUCCAGUCUGCAGAUCCCACCAGGUGUUCCUCCUUUGCCUUACCUCCUGGAGCUGCCAGAGGUGAUGAGGUACCUUUUCAUGUGCAACCCAGAGUAAGAAUCAAGUGACUCUCUAGGCUUUGGACACAAAUAGGCUCCUCUACACCUGAAGACAAAGGCAUAGUCAAAUGGGGACCAGAAGAAAUCUUAGACCUCACAGUCCUUCCCAUUUCCAGCCCUAAUCUACAGACAGGAAUGUCCUUUAGGUUUCUUCCCUUGCCUUCUUGACCUACUCCAGUUAUUUGUGUGGAAGAGGAGGACUCAUCAUUUACAAGGUGGACACAUGCUAAUAUUUUUAUCUAGAAAGAAGAAUGAGUGUUAAAUUUUAUUUUUUUUUCUUCUGGGGAGUCUGUUGACCCCCUUCUUUUGGGUGCUGCCUAUAAAUCUUGGAGGAAUCAUUUCUCUUCCUCAAAGACUGAUUCAGAAACUGAUUUUGGGAAGUUUAAUACUUUUGAAGUCAUGAGAUGCACCAUCAAGGCUACCCCAAGAAGGAGCAGAAGAUAAGUUGGUGAUGAGAGGGGAUUAGAGGUCCUCCUUUCAGGAGGCCUGUGAAGGCUUCAUCAGUCAAGGUAAAAGCACAAGCAAUGCCUGUGGCCAAGAUGUUGUUCAUUGGCUCAGCACAUGUUCAUGGAUCACCAGCUAUCAAGGUACCAGGCACCAUGCUAGGUACUGGGGAAGAGAGACUGAAGUCACAACUCCUGACUCUGCUCCUCAAAAGCUAACAGUUGCACCUCCAAGUGGCUUGGUCUGUUCUUACCCUUGGAGAGAAUUCUGAGAAUACAACACAGAAUUGUAAAUCUUCCCUUUUGACCCUUUUGGAUUUUAUCAGGUGUAAACAAAAAGCAGCUGAACAGUUACUUCAAAGAUAUGUGUGUAUAUUCAGUUUUUUAUUGUUAAGCUGAUAUUUUAAAGAUGUCUGAGCUAGCAGGCAUGUGGAAGUGAAGGCUCUGUCUUCAACUCUGACCCUCCAUGUGUAUCAUAGAGAGGGUAAAAAGUGGUAUUUUCAGUUUGAUGAGGUUGGUAAAUGUUUUUAGAUCUUCUGGUAUGCAUUAUGUUUGUUAAUACAUAUUUAUUAGAAUGAUGUUUUAAGUUAAUAAACUAUUAAGACUAU